CUCAACUCCUCCCCCCUCCUUCCUGCUUCCUGUCCUUUCAGACUCCCAACAGCCAGUGCUCCCAGUUCUAAUAAUCACAUGCAGCAACUAAACACCACACAAUGCCACAUUAAGCAGUAUUCAUUUUUGAAAGUUUUUAAUAAGCCAAGGCGGGAGGGGCACAAGGUGGAAGUUUCGCCUAGGGUGAAAAAUAUCCUUGCACCGGCCCUGCUAUUCACCCAAGUCCUCAGCACCGAGAAGCCAUUGGCACUGUCCCAGACACCAACAAAAUCCUCAGCUCUGAAAAGCUCUCUGGCACCAUCUGCUGAUCCUUUUAACUCUCACACCAUGGCACCACAGGAAUUCAUACAUCUGUCAGGCCUUACUCUAUCUGACCCUCCGGAUUCUCCUCCCUUCAGACAGGACCUAUCCCAAGUCUCACCCACUUCAGUCAAGACACUCCUCACACUUUCCCUCACGCCCGGCACCUCCUUGACCUAGGAGAAUGGGUCUGAAGAGUAUCUUGCCCCAUCGACAUUGGGGCACUUAACAUCAACUUACCAGCCUUACCCUCCCUCAACUCAGGGAGCCCAGCCCUUGUAACCAUACAUUCCCUUCCCACCUAAUUGGCCACAUUGGAGUCCCUGGGCAAUGUAUAGUGCACUAUUUGGUAAUCCUCCACCAUGUCAAACUCAUGGGCCUCCAUCCAUCUCCUCCUCAACAGCCUCCCGGCCUCCAGAAACAACCACCUCUGCAAGUACCACCAAAGGAGGAGGAACUGGAAGGAGAGCAGAAGGAGAAGGUACCUCUGCCUUGGACUUCUCUUCAUUUUCACCCAAUGAAGCUACCAUGUCACCACCUCUGACGGCAGAUCCAACACUGGUGUUAGGAGGAGCCCAAGCAUCAUUAUUUAAGCUGAGCUGCAGAGGGAGAGCAGAUGGCUGGAAGCUGCAGCUCAGCGACGAUGGCAAAGUUUAAUGUCGGGAGCGUUCUGGUGACUGGAUCCAAUCGAGGAAUCGGCCUGGGACUCGUGAAGCGAUUUCUAGAGCUACCAAAUCCACCAGAAUGGAUCUUUGCCACCACCAGGGAGCUGGAUGGAUCCCAAAGCAAGGAGGUAAUGGAGCUGGCAUUGAAGCAUCCAAACCUGGUAGUGCUGCAGCUGGAUGUCACAGAUCCAAACAGCAUAAAGGCAGCUAUGCAGAGAGUGGAGGAGCAUGUGAAAGGACAUGGACUGAAUCUCCUGAUAAACAACGCUGGCAUACUAUGGGUGACCACCAUGGAGAAUGAGAACAUUGAGACCAUGGAAACUGUAUACCUAACUAACACAGUUGGGCCCCUGCUGGUGAGCCAGGAGUUCUUGCCAUUACUGAAGAAAGCUGCCCAGCAGAGUACCCAGACAGGGCUGAGCUGCAGCAAGGCCGCCAUUGUCAACAUGUCCAGCGUCGCUGGUUCCAUAAAAGUAGUUCCAGUGUGGGAAUUCGAGCAAAUACCCAGCUACCGCUGCAGCAAGGCUGCUCUGAACAUGAUCACCAGGUGCCAAUCCUUGGAGUACAAAGACUAUGGGAUUCUGUGCACUUCUAUCCACCCUGGCUGGGUGAAAACCAGAAUGGGAACAGAAAUGGCCCUACAGACCGUGAAGCAAACCACUCAAGAAAUCCUGAAGUUGCUUUCCACGUUCUCUGAGAAGGAGAAUGGUUCCUUCGUGGGCUGGGAUGGACAAAUCUAUCCCUGGUGAGAGAUGAGCUUGCCAGGUGUGAUUAGAUCAUAGAGGUGCCGGCUGUGUUACCUGUACAUGACACACCAAUAAACAACCUGAGCUGAA